AUGAGUAAAAGUAUUUAUAACUAUAUAUAUUUAUUUUCUAAUUGUGAGAAUACUAAAAAAUCUAUUAAUUCUGCUGAAGAAGAAUUGUUCAAUUUAGACUGUUUACAAGCCACUGAUAUAUCAGAAGAUAUAAGUUCCGAAUUUAGUGCAAUAUGUAAAAAUGUUAUGUCAUAUUUUAAUAAGAUGGAUGCUAAAAAAAAUGAUGAUGAAAAAAUUCAUGAUGGUACCUGUGUAUACUUGCAUUAUUGGUUAUAUUAUGAUUAUCUUAAGGAAAAAUCUAAUCCUAAUAA